AUGCAAAAAUCUCGAAUUGCCGUCUGUGAUCAAAUAAAACAGGUCUGUAGACCUUAAGAACACCAAAGAAAAAUGAUGAAACUAUGAGUACAGCGGAUACAACGCUGUCAAUUUCGAUCAAAAUGGCCCCAGGGCCAGAACAUCGUCAAGAACCGGUAGCACCUGACAAAGCUUCGGAAAAUAACAAUAGUGAGACCUCUAAUGAAAGAGAUAAUGUUGAGAAUUUAGUGGUAGGUGUUGAGACUGUUAGUAACCAGAGUUCGAAUGCAGAAUGUGCUUCAACGAACACUGAUACUAAUUCAGAUUCAACUCAAAGUGCACCGACUUGUGUUACCUCUGACAAUAAGCAGGAAGAACCAGCUACUUUGUCUACACUAAAUGAAGGUGAAUUGCGUGCACUAUUGGAUGAAGCCAUAACUUAUAAGUGUCCCAAAGAUCGCGAAGGAAAAUCAAGUCUUUUUAAAGAAUUACUUCAAGAAGCAGAAGCUGAUGAAACUGAAGAAGGUCGUAGAAUAAUAACUAAUUCACGUUGCUUACCUGGUUCAAAUCGUAGAAGACAUAAAAGAGACUCUGUAUCAGAGAGAUUGACACAUGGAGGAUCAUUGCAAAAUUUAGCACAACCUAUUGCUUCAGAAUUUGAUAGUAGUUUUGCUUAUUUGACAUCUGGCUCUAGCCACACUUACGGAGGAAGUAGAAGAAAAAAUAAAAAAUAUACAGGACCUAGUGUAUCUGCAAGACAAAGAGAAGGAGGUUCAUUACCCUCAAAUGUUAAUGCAUCACACAGUCUUGCUUCAUUGGCUAAUUUAGACUUAUUAUUUGAUAAAAAGAAGGGUUUCUGUGAGGAAAGGACAGCAUAUGACUGGACCAAUAAAGAAAAAUCCAAAUCUUUAGACAAACCAUCAUAUAAUAAUAUUAAAAAGGAAGAAAAAGAAAAAGAUAAAAAGGAUACGAAAAAGGAUUUGUGCGAAACUGAAAUCGAAGUGAAAAGAAGUAAUAAAGGAAAAUACGGGACAAAUGAAAUGCUUGAAUCAGAUAAUCCACCACCAGAAUAUAAAUCAGAUUACAUGGUGAUUGAUUUAGAAGAUGAUGAAGGAAUUGAAAUGAAAAUUAUCGAACCACAUAGACCUCAAUAUAUAUCACGCACUCCUUUCGAUAUAGCUCAAACUCCUGUGGAUACUACUAUAGAUUUCUCUCUCCGUGAACAUAGCGGAAAACAAGAUAAAUCAAAAAUAUCUGUUAAUGGUACAGAGGUAACUGGAGCCCUUUCUUUUCAAACUUUCAAUAGCGUGAAAUGUGGUAUUAGUGGAACUGCAAAUAGUUCAAGUGCUAGUCAGGGUAAAGUAAUACCAAGUUUAUGCUCCAUGUCUGCAUCCUUACAAACACAAAAUAUUACAAUGGCGCAUCUGUACACUACCGGACCUGCAGAAAAGAAAUCUUUGGAUGAAAAUGGAAAUCCAGUACAAAGCUAUAAUGGAGAACGAAAAAAGCCUAGGAGAAAACAUACUCAAGAACCUAAUGUUAUUGUAUACAGUGCUGAAAACGUUGAAGGACAUCGCAAUGACGAUAUCGACAGUUUAAUUAAUUUUAUUGAAAAUAAGGAAUCCAAAAGUAAAAAAGGGAAACCAGGUAAUCCAGUAAGAGUAAAAACUAAUUCAGGUGCAAAACCAAGAAGCAGAGAAAAAGAUACUAAAAGGGAACAGUUACCUGCCAAAUUACAGAAGUCUAAUUCUCUUGAAGAAAUAUCGAAGACUAAACUCGAAGACCUCACAACAGAAAAAAGCGUCAGUUCUAGUGGUGCCAGUAGUAUAUCAAGUCAACAUGGUACGAUCAAUGUUGCGUUACGCCGUGCAAAACAAAGAAGUACGGGGGAUACAGCUAUCGAUAGUCGCGGUGAUAGAAGAUCUUGGGGCACGGAAGAAGGUCAGUCUAUAUAUUGCAAUGAUACUGGAGAUGAUUAUGCUAGUCGUCGAAACUCCAAUAAAAAAAUCAAUCCAGAACCUGAACAUGAAACAGAAUUCCUGGUAGUUACGAAAAAAAAGAAAAGUAAAAAACAGAGAAGAAGUUCCAGUGGAAGUAGAGCACAGAAUUUAACAACGUCCGGAUCUUAUCUCCAAAAUCCCAGAGGAUUUUCUAAUGAAUAUAGAACACCACUGUCUCCUGAACUUAGAAGAAAAUCAGCAAGUAGUAUGCCACCAAGUGAUAAAUCAGACAGUAGUGAUUCUGAUUCUGUCCAUUCAUUGCCAAUUACAUCAAACACGUCCAAACAUAAUUUAUCAAAAAUAGCUACCUCAUCAGGCGGAACGCCACAAGCAAGUUACGCGGACAUUGCACGCAUGGCAACUAUUAAUAUGACUCAUAAUUCGGUUAUUAAAUAUGUACAAGACAUUGAAAAAAUGCGUCAAAAUUUAACACAAGAACAAAAACCUGUGAGCCUUAAUAAUCACAGCACAACAUCGAACGAAACUUCAGUAACGAAUACAGUGCCAUCAAAACUCACCAAUACAGUAAUAAAUUGUAAUCCUGAUUCUGAUAAUUCUAAUAAUAAUAAAGAUAUAGUUGUAAAUGCGAGGUGUAACAAUCCACGAGCACGCCGAGGAGGAGGAAAUUACGCUCAAAAUAAUCAAAAUGUACAAAUUCAAGCAUCGCACGAAGAUCAACAUUUAAAAAAAAUUGGAUACACUUUCUACGAUGAAAAUCCAAAAAAGGCACAAAAUAUUGAAAAUUCUAAUACGCACUGUGAAAAUAAAAAUAGUCCAGGAAUUAGUUCAAACGAUGAAAUUGAGUCACAAAAAAUUAAUAUUGUAAAUAAUCCAAAAUCAAUGCAAGAAGUGCAAAAUAUUGAGUUGGAUGCUAUCAAAUUAACGAAAAAUGAAAAAUCAAUAAAGGCCACUAAAGAACAGACUAUCAAUGUUAAACAUGAAACAGCUAAAUCGAGCAAUACAUAUUCUGGAAGUUCAAAACAAGAACAACAUGAAGAUUCCGAAUGUAAGAAACCGAAACAGCAAAGUUCUACUUUAGAUAAAGAUCAAGUACAAAAAGUAGAAUCACAAACAUCAAAUAAACAAAAAUCCUCAAGGCCUGCAGUUAUAUUGUUAGAUGAAACUUCAUCAGAUAUUACAAAGAAUAGUGAGUUACCUACGGAACUCAGGUUUGGAUUUGAAAUUAACGAACAACUUUUAUUGUCAGAAGAAUCAACAACUGAAGAGACCUCAAGUGUCAGUUCUGUGUUUCCUCCUGUAGUUCCACCGCUUAUAAACAAACCACCUUCUAGUUUCGAUAGAUACCCUCCGAUAUUUGACAAACACAUGAGAUGUGAUAAAUUUACGCCUAAUUUCAUGCAACCUCCAAAUACGCAUGUAACUCAACAACCUCUGCAUCCGGUAAUGGUGCAGCGAUUACCGUGCAUGAGUUAUCCUCCAAGAUUCCCUCCUCCCGCGUGUCUACCACCACCACCCACACCACCACCAGGAAUAAUGGAAAAAUACCAUCAUCAACCUAAAGAAGAUUUUUCUAUGCUUUAUGUAGCUCCCGAGGAAGACGUUAAUAUACAAACGUACAAUCAUGAUAAAAUCGUCUCAUUUGUUGGCUUAGCAUGGGACGCUGUUAUGAGAGAAAUGCCAGUAACUGCAGGUGGUCGUAUACAGUUUUACAGUGGUCAGUGAAAUGGGCACUAAGAAAUAUGGGGUAAAUAAUACAAUAAUGUUUUUGUACUGCAAAAUUACCUCUAUUGCAAGUUAUUCGUUAUAUAAAACUGUAAACAGCCAGAAGAGUCUGCUAAUUAAUGCAAGACCAAAUAUAUAUCUAAAUACAAGCAACUGAUCGAACCUGUAUCAAACAAGUUACAGUUACUUCCAGUUUCGAUCAUCAAUAAAAACUAUAUUAAUUUUUGAGUCAAAUCGUCAGUGAUAAUUCUUGUAGAGCCAAUUGGCGCAAAAUGUGCCUCUAAAGUUAAUGUACAUAAUAGUCAAUCACCAGAAAAAGACAAGGCUUAUGAAUUGUGUAUGUUCUAACUGUACAUACAUUAAUGAGUUACAAGAUACCUUUGAAAAGGUUGUAACACAAUACUUAAGUUUCAGUAUUGACAUCUGACACCAUAUUUAAUUGAAAAUUAUAAAUUCGUGAUGUGUAUUUUGCUCUUUCAAAACAUGGACAUCAAAUUUUCUUGUAAAAAAUAUGAAAAUUUAUGUAGUCGUAAAAUGUCUCGUAUAAAUUUUGGAAAAAAAAGAGAAAUACAAAACAAAAUACCUUUCGGAUCAAUUACGGAAGUGUUACAAUUUUGAAACAAAAAUACAAAAACUAUUUAAAAAGUGUAAAAAUUAAUUGAAACAAGAUUACGUGAAGCAAAAUUUUCAAAAACUGCUUGUGCUGUGACACAGCAGUUUAUGCUGAUGCCUUUAAGAAAUGAAAAAAAAAAAAAAAAAAUACAUCUUAGACAUUGUAAUAAAGUUUAAAGAUAGUUGAAAGCAACCCGUUAUGUUAACUAUACCAAAUUGAGAUCGUCCGUCAGAAAUAUUACUAAAUUUCUAAUAAUUAUCUUAAAUAAUUGCGAGCAGAGAUGAUCUUUAAAUAAUACCUUGAAAACAGGGAUUGUUGCAGCCAUCAGUGAGUCUUCAAGAAAAACUUUAGAAAAGUUGAACAUAAAAAUAGUGGUUGCUAGAUUACUUGUACUUUAUUUAAGACGAACAUUAAAGAAAAGUAAAGAAAGCUAUAAAGAUGUGUGAAGUGUAAUGAAAAUGGUGAAUGUAAAUGUGUCAUUGAACACGUGUAAAAUAUUUAAAAAAAAAAAGUAGUGUGAUUGACUUACAACUUUAUGGAGUGGUUACUUUUUCCAGCCGCAACAGAUAAUAGUUUAAAAAAAUUUAAGAAAAAAGCAGGAAAAAAGAGAGAAAGAGAGAGAGAGAGAGAGAG